AACACUGUUAUCUUUAGAAUACAUCUUAAACAUCUUCCGAACAGAUGUUAGAUUCGAUUAGGCAACGUUAUAUCAGUUGUGCAAGUGCGCCGGCGCCAAUCUUUCGUUGGUCCUGUGGUGCUUUAUUAGCAUUAGCGCCGUUCAAUUCUGAUUUAAUCAGUAUCUCUAUUGCUAUAGUGAACUAGCAAUGACAAUUAUUUUGAUAGGAUUCAACAGACCAUCCCUAACAGCUACUAAACCAUAUAUUCGCUGAUGAAAAAGCCAGAGGGAGAGCACUUUGCAAACUGCCUACAUUUCAAGAGACCUAAUUUGUUUGUGCCAGCUGCCGCCCGCGAGACGCAUCUACCCGAUGCUCUGAACUGUACCCAGGUAGCCAGUGUAGUGUGAGGACUUGGGACGCCUGCGUUCACUGUGCCGUUUUUUUUCUUGCAAACAUGGCGGCCCCUGCUCUAACCAGCCGGGCUGGGUCCGUAAAUAGCUUGGGAAACAGCCCCACUGCGACACCCAGCUCCACGAACAACAACAACAAGAUUAUCGCAAGCUACCCCGAGCUCGAUUUCAGGUCUGGGGCAAGAAUCGAGGAUUUGAACAGAUUGAUUCAAGAAUUUAGCAAACACGAUCAGCGAGAAUAUGACGACCAGCGAGCGCUUGAGAUCCAUACGGCCAAAGACUUCAUUUUCUCUAUGCUCGGUAUGGUGCAAAAACUGGACCAGAAGCUUCCUGUGGCCAACGAGUACCUACUUUUGUCUGGUGGUGUGCGGGAGGGCGUGGUUGACAUGGACCUAGACGAGCUGAGCGUUUAUGCGCGUGGCACCGACUACGACAUGGACUUCACCCUCCUCGUGCCGGCGCUCAAGCUGCAUGACCGCAACCAGCCAGUCACUCUGGACAUGCGCCACUCUGCCCUGUGCCACUCGUGGCUGAGCUUACGCCUCUUCGACGAGGUCACCAUCAACAAGUGGAAGGACUGCUGCACCGUGGUAGACCAUGUCAAUGGCGCCACCAACUACUUCUUCUCGCCCACGCUGGUGGCCGACUGGUUCUACGAGUCUAUCAGCGUGGUCCUGGUGGAGAUCCAGAAGAAACCCCAGCGUGGCAUGCCCCGUGUGGAGAAGGUGGAGCGCAAUGGCACUAUCAUAUCCGUCAUCCUGGGCGUGGGCAGCAGCCGGAUGCUCUAUGACAUUGUUCCAGUGGUGUCUUUCAAGGGCUGGCCAGCUGUGGCUCAGAGCUGGCUGAUGGAAAAUCAUUUCUGGGAUGGCAAGAUCACAGAGGAGGAGGUAAUCAGUGGUUUCUACCUCGUGCCUGCAUGCUCGCACAAGGGCCGCAAGGAGAACGAGUGGCGUCUUUCAUUUGCCCGGAGUGAGGUGCAGCUCAAGAAGUGCAUCUCGGCCAGCCUGAUGCAGGCCUACCAGGCAUGCAAAGCUAUUAUUAUCAAGCUGUUGUCCAGGCCCAAGGCCAUCAGUCCUUACCACCUGCGCAGCAUGAUGCUGUGGGCCUGCGACCGGCUCCCUGCCACCUACCUAUCCCAGGACGACUUCUCCGCCCACUUCCUGCUGGGCCUUAUUGAUGACCUGCAACACUGCCUGGUCAACAAGAUGUGCCCCAACUACUUCAUUCCACAGUGCAACAUGCUGGAGCACCUGUCGGAUGAGACGGCCAUGCUUCACGCCCGUAAGCUCAGCUCGGUGCGCUCAGACCCGACUGAACACCUUCGCACCACCAUAGAGCAUGCCAAGGCAGCUAACAGGCUGACCCUGGACCUGCAUUGGCGUGGUAGUGCCUCCAACCUGCCAUCACCGCAGUCAGACGCAGGCGGCGAGCACCAGCCGGACGACCGCUUAGCCAAGAAGCUGCAGCAGUUGGUGACCGAGAACCCCGGCAAGUCCAUCUCGGUGUUCAUCAACCCAGACGAUGUAACACGCCCUCACUUCCGGAUUGACGACAAGUUCUUCUGAGACUUUGAAUCAGAAAUUUUUUUUACUUGUUUUCCUUCUCCCUCCAAGGGAUAUGUUCUCCCUUUGACUAGACUAACUGGUCAGGUGGUCAGUUUAGUUGUUUUCCCAAGUAACGGUCGCCACAGACCGUUGUGAGGUGCUUUUGUCCAAUGGUGUCUUCACAUUUAGUUUUAAUGCUAGCACCUGUCACCACACUCCACCAAACCUACUGUGCUGGUGUCACCUUGAAAUGGCCUUUAACUGGACUACAGGAAACCGAUGGGAGAACAGGUCGUGUGUCUUGCCUCAGAAGGUUAAGGAAAGUCCCUGUUAGAGAAGUGAUGUUACUUACAUGAGAACUAACUGCAGAGAGAGAGUUUAGUGGAUAUGUGUUUUUGUGUGGACUUUGGUCUAAUUUUGCACAGAAUGUAGAGGCACAGAGCUAUCAUGGUAAGUUGUUAUAUGAAGUUUGAAAAAUUCAAUGGUCAUUCUUUUCUCCACUGGACUGUAUGCUCUGAUUUUAUACCUAUACUGAUUAGAGCUAUUAUUCCAAGCUGUAUCACAAUGACAAAAUGUUUUUAAUUUUACAUUCUCUGUACAGUCAUAUGUGUCUGUCCUGUGUUUCUAGUGAACAGUUCCACAUGUAACCGUGAUAUGCCAAAAAAGGUGCAGAUAUCGGACCGGCAAUGUGAUACCCAUAUCUCCACCCUCAAGUGCAAUUAGGAAACACACACACACCACUAAUACAAGUGCUUACAGUCUCAACUCUCAUUCUUGUAUCAUACACACUGCUCAUCAGUGAAAUUGUGUAUUUAAUAUGUAUUUGUGAUAUUCCAGAACUGUGUGGACUUUGUCCUUUUGUUUGUCUUUGUUAUAUGGAACUCUAAAUUGUUUUACAUGUUAGUCUUAUUUUCAAUAUCUGCUGCCUAAUUUCAUGAAGAUAUUUCAUGAUUGACUGGUUAUGCAUCAGGUUAACAAACACACAAUUAUGAAUUUUGAUUGGACAUUGGGUACUUUCAUCAUGUAUUCAUGAUGAAAACUCUAAACUUCUGAGAUAACAUUUUCAAAAGUGAUUUAUAUUAAGCUUCCCAUUGGUCGAUGCUAAUAUUUUGCAAGUGGGAAACUCAUACCUAGUCUUUCUACAACAAGAUUAGGACAUUUAAGUUCCCACAGUCUUGAACAUACUAAUAGUACCAGAGAAUUGUGGUGCAAUGCUGCAUGUAUAUUUUGGAUGGACUAAUCUGGUAGUGACAUUGUCACAUUGCUAAACAAAUCCUGUUAAAUCAAAUCUCACAUAGACAAAUCUGAAUGGAUGACUAAGUGACCUCACUAAUGGCAAGGCUCAAACACAUUGCCUUUCCAUCAAGUUGGGCCAACCACUGGAGUAGCCUGAAGAAUGUGUUGUAUGGGUUUGCUUAUCCAAAUGCAUACUGAAACCCAGAAAUGGAUAGAGAAAGAUAAUAUUGUUCCCAUUAUGGUUUAUGUUGUUUGAACAGGAGCCAUGAUAAGUGAUAUAUUGAUACCUACAGUUAUGGAGAUUUUGCAAGUAUCAUUCUUGGGAUGAUCCCUCACAAUGAUUCAAAGAAAAGAGUGAUCCUUCCUUAACAAUUAGGAAGUCCUGCCCAGUUGUCUUAAAAUGCGUAAAGUACUCCUAAAUGUCUCAGCACAUACUAAAACAGGUUUUUGUCCACUAGAGGCCUC